AUGCAUCCGGCAGGCCGACUGUUCACUUUGGCUAUCUUUCAACUUUUCAACUUCGCCGCACUCACGGGUUAUUGCCAGCAACACAGCUACGAUUCGACCUUGCUUAUCAAGCUGAACCUGUUCUUCUCUUUAGCAGUUGCCGCAGUGGGCGUCGCAUUCACUGAUGAUGGUUGGAAUGUCUUCCGACUAUUGGCUAUGAAGCUGAAGUAUAAUUCAGCCGGGGUAUCUGCCUUGGACAUGGGCCAUCUGACGUGCCAGGACCUCAAGCAUAGAAGGCCAACAAAGAACAAUCUUAACACCGAGAUCCACGGCGGACAACUCCCUUACAUCACAACAGAAAUGAAAUCGCUGGAGGUACAGCCCCCGGGUCUUGCCUGGGUUCAAAGAACCUUCAAUCUUCAACCCCAGUGGACGGUGGAGCCCGAUCCUCAGGUUAUCGAGCAGACAAUACAGUCGCUACUACCAUCAAGCACGGUCCAGGUGACCUUCCUAGCCGAGGGCGCCUUGAAUAAACUCUAUGAUGUGAAAGUAGAUGAUGAGGUAUUGGUUAUGCGAGUCUCGUUGCCUGUUGAUCCCUACUAUAAAACUAUGAGUGAAGUGUCGACAGUGGACUGGAUAUCUCGUACCACAAAUAUCCCUGUUCCUCGAGUCAUCACUUAUCAAUCUUCCCGAGAAAGCCCUAUCGGAUUUGAAUGGAUCCUGAUGACCAGAAUGCCUGGAAGACCGUUGAAAGAGCUGUGGCACUCUCUAUCAUUUUCUGCAAAGACAAGUUUGGUUGGAGAGUUUGCGGCCUACUCUAGUUGCCUUUUUCGGAACCAACUUCAGGGAAUUGGAAAUAUCUAUGGGAUAGCAUCUAGCAUCAAUGAUUCCACACUGUCUCAAGCGACCGGGCCUGCUGGAAACCCAGCAAAUUCCAAUAGUUCACCUCUAUCUGAAAAGGAACAUUUGCCUACAGGAUUACCAGAGGUGGGCAGAAUUGUUUCUAUGAACUUUUUUUGGGGGUCGCAUAUCCUACAGGAUGUUCACCGAGGGCCAUUUACGUUCAGCAGCGACUGGAUUACAUCACGGCUUUCUCUUCGCGAGACAGACUGUCAGUCGACACUAGACAAUUUACCAGCUAGCGAUCUUGAGAGCGAUGAUGAAGAUGAUGCAGAUGAUGCAAUAAGAAAAUUGGAAAUCAUUGGAAAACUGAAAACCUUGCUUCCAUCUUUCUUUCCACCAAAUGAAGGCAAUCCGGAGCCCUCAGUCCUGGUUCAUGAAGACCUCUCCAGCCGAAAUAUUCUCGUUCAUGAUAACGGAGAGCUAGCAGCUAUUUUAGACUGGGAAUGGCACCCGCGACGCCUCGAGCCUGAUCUACGACGAUAUGAACGCGAGCCGAGCGGAGAAGUCUCCGAUCUCUACUGGGAACACCUAUGGGAGUAUGAGGUCACUCUCCUUCGUGAUGUGUUUAUUGAUAGAAUGAAAAGCCUGGAACCGGGAUGGGUGGAGUUUUUCCACAAGAGCCAACAUCAAAGAGAUUUCGACCUUGCAGUGCAAAAUUGCGAUAAUGAGUUUGUUGCCCGGCAUAUACGGGCAUGGAUGAAUGACCUCACGGCGGGGGUAGACAACUGUCGAAGUCUACGCGAUAGAAUUAAUGAGGAUUAA